UAUUCCAGUGCUUAACCACCCUGAUAGGAAGUUGUUCCUAAUGUCCAACCUAAACCGCCCUUGCUGCAGUUUAAGCCCAUUGGCAAUUUAAGCCCAUUAUGGCUUAACAUGGGAAAAUAUUUAUGUGAAAUUUGCUUGCAGCCUGGGCUAAGGACAUCCUAAGAUGCACAUGAUGUGGCAGUUCUAACAUGAGCCUUCGGGUGUUUGGAACUACAUGUGACAGUUUCAGAGGCUGCCAUUCUGGCUGGUUCAGAGUUUGAAAACUCUGGAGCCCAAGCCUUUGUAUUGUGUGGGCAGUGGGACUAAGCAGGUCCUCCCCUUUAAUAAUGAAGAAACCUUUUGUCCUUCUCAAAGAGACCAGCUCAACAAAUCAAAUUUGGCACUUCUAGCUCAAGCUGGUUUUGAGCUGUGAAGGGGCAAAACAGUAUUAGGAAAUAUUUCAGAAAGUUGGCCCACCUCAUUUUCGGAUCUCUGUUAUCUUGUGAAUACCUCAGUCAGUCCUCCUCAAGCUUCCCAGGAAGCUUCUACCAUUCCAUUGGAUCUUGCAGGGCAAUUUUCAGAUGGAUUUGUUAAUUCUGGUAAAGUUGAGCAAUUGGAUGUGUAAAAAUCAGCCGUAUAAUGGAACAAUUCAGAUCUCAAUUGUGAGUUACUACAGUUUCUCUACAGUACACAAUGGCUUAUUGCUGACAUACCUCCCAGAAGCAGUUGCUUGUAAAGGGGUAUUUUAAUAGAGAAGGAUGCCCUUUGGCACUCAGAAUGGGAGAGAGUUCCAAGUAGAAGGUGUGGGAUGGAGAAAGACCUGAAGGCAAGAAGAGGCAAAGGUCACAGAUGAGUUGGGGUGUUGAGGAAGAAGGUGUACACGCAGAAAUGGCAUUGUACAGGGCCUUGUAGGUGAGGAUAAAAAGAUAUGCUUGGUAUGGGAGGCUAGUAGAGGGAUUUGAAGAUGGUCUGACGUGGUCAGAGUAGUGAAUAAGAAGAUUGGGACAGAGGCCUGAGAACUAAGCACUGGUCUUGGGCAAUGAAGCUUUAAUAUUUCUCAGGAUGCUUGAGUGUCUGGGUGUAUGAAUUUUCUAGGUUUAAAAUGUCACUGCACAAUUCUAGGCCCUGGUUCAGUGUUUACUUACUGUUGGCAUCGUGUAAUGUCUGUGAUGUGUCAUCUUUGUUUUCUAGCUGAAAGAAAAGUUAGCCUUCCUGAAAAGAGAAUACAGCAAAACAUACAACAGGUUACAGCGUGCACAAAGAGCUGAGAGGGUUAAAAAUCAUGUUAAGAAAACGGUUGCAGAACAAAAUCGAUUGCUUAGGCAAGAGGAAACGGAGAAUAAUACCACAGAACUGAUGGAUAAACAGUCUCCCAAUGGUGGCAAUAAACCUGGAACAUGUCGGUUACAGACCAAUACCUGUUCUGACUCAGGCACUGAGAAAAAAAUGUCUGUCACGUUUAAACUUGAGCCUGAAUUCUUCAACAAUGAAGUUAACUUGCAGGAAAAUUCAUUGGCAGAAAGCACAAAUAGUGACCCAGAAAAUAUCCCCUCUGACCUCAUGAGAUCUGUUAUUGAGGAGAACCAAAACCAACUGCCAAGGAGUAGAAUGACUUUGGUCUCAGAGGGGAGAGAAUCAGCUUGUGAAGUGCCACCAAUCAGUGCUGGGGAAACGUUGGACAAUCAAAUGGCCAGUACAGAGGAGCCUGGGUCACCAGUAUUCAAGGGGAGGAACACCAUCUCAAACACCAAGAAUAAAAUUCAGAAGCCCCCCAGGCCGGUCAUUGUGAGCGAAGAAAAAGGUUUAACGCCUCAAGAGCCACAGGUAGGAGACUUGCAGGAAAUGCCUGAAGAGAAUGUAUUUCUGAGUGUCCCCAAACCACUUUCAUACAUGUUGAUGGGUGGCAAUAACGUUCAGCAGCCUGUCUCUCCAUGUGCUGAGGACAUCUGUGAUAGCUAUGAGCCACUGCCCCAGUGUUUAGUGAGUGAUAUCCCUGUUUCACUGGAAAACAUUGACAAUACAGGAAAAGAACUUGCCUGUAUAGAAAACCAAAUGGAUCGGGAAGAGUUGUGUAGGGCCUUGGAUUUAACCGCAGAUAAUCAAUCAUCCCCGGCAGGCAGUAGCAACCCUAGCAUUAGUGAAAGCAGACCCCAUAACGAAAGAAACCACAAUGAGGCCAAUAGCUCAAGUCCUCUGAACACUGAGUCUCUUCUGGAUGAUGUUGAAGAACCUUUGGGGAAUCAAGAGGCUCAGACUGAAGCAGGGUCUCCUGUCCUAGAGAAGACUCCUCCUGCAGCAGAAAGCGCACUGAGCUCUUGCACAAUGAUUGAAGGACUUCUCUUUCCUGUAGAAUAUUAUGUUAGGACAACUCGGCGUAUGUCUAAUUGCCAGAGGAAAGUAGACCUGGAGGCUGUCAUUCUCAGCCAGUUGGGCAGGAGCAGGAAAGGGCUGCGAAGUAAACAAAAGCAGAUAAAUUCAGAUCAGCUCUACCAAGAAACCACCAGAAGUGAUGUGCAGGCAAGAGGCACUCCCUUCCCUUUUCUAGGUGCAGAGAGUGACCCAGUGAGUUCAAGUAGUUCUCAGAAAUCUCUCCCUCCAUCAGAUGAGAGCAGCACCUCCAAUGGUUCUCUUUCUCAGAAGACUGUUAUUAGUACGAAACAAGCUAAGGGAAAAUCCUGGAGGAGAGGAAGGGGCAGAUGGGGUUCUACCUGCAGACCUGCACUGAAUGGGUCACAAGCACGUCCUGAGACUUCAGAUCUCAAAGUGCUAAAGGAAAACAGUCAUCUCUUGUCAAAUGAUUCUCAACGUGAAAAGGAAAACUGUGAGGGUGACCCUGAGAGGUCACCUAUAUGCAAAACAAGGGUGAUUGUCCCUGCAGCUGGUGAGGCUCCAGAAGCGGAAAUGAUAGACGUUAUGUGGCCAACUGAGGCUGAUCUUCCUGAUGGAAGCCAAACAUUCAGCAAAUGCCAUCAGCCUCCAUUAGAACAUAUUCAAAAUCCACUCCAAGGAAAUAGUUUCUUAAAUCCAUGGGAUGAAGCUUUCCCCAGCCCCACACGAGAUCUGGAAGCCAAUGUAAACGUGAGUCAGGCUGAUAAACAGCCAGUGGGACACAUUAGGAAUCAGUGUGUGCAGAAAGUCUGCAGGGCUGAGCAGCUGCCAACAGUUAAAGAAUCUCUACCUCAGCACGAUCUCCCAACUUCUUCUGUGAAACGUAAAGUGAGGCAAGGAUCUAAAGGUAAAAGAGGGCGCAGUCAACAGAUGGACUUGGAAGGUCCAACUCCUCUAGGCCAUCUUGGUCUGGAUCCUAUGGCCUUCGAUCCUCCCUUUCGCUUCCAGAAUGAGAUGCUCAGUGUCAAGUGGCUGCCCUCGAAGCUGGACAUCAAAGACUUUCAGUUACCUGAUGAGGAGUUUGGUCUCCUUAAAUUUGAGAAACUACAAUCCGGCACAGUGAAACAGCUGGAGCCCUUUGUUCCUUCAGGGUCUGAACACUGGCUCCAGAGUGCUGGAGACACUGUGACUUUAGGGGACACGAGACUUAAACAAGUGAAUACAGAAGGGAAGAGUCUAGAAAAUAGCUUUAUUUCUCCUUCAAAGACUAUGUCACCUAAACAGCCUCACUUAGAAGGGCAGUUGCACAAGAAGGGGCUUUCUCCAAGGGAAUUGCUGCUAACUCCGGCAAGUACUGUCUCAGCUGGUGCAAUCAACCAGCUUGAAUCACAGAUUCACACACCUGCUUUCCCUGUCCUGGGUGCAACCCCAGCUAUCCUGUCACUGGUACACAAUGAGACCUUACCUGACACACUUUCUGUACUUCCUUUGCAAGUGAAAACGAAUCUCUUCAAAGAACCAGCCAGUCAUGUCGUGGAUGGGAGGGAGUGUAAUAACUCCACAGGUGCAUUGCACUCAGAUAGCUGCAGACCAGGAUUUGACUGUAGGUUUGAUGAAGCUGUCACCCUCAAAGAGUAUCAGCAACCAGGGAACGGUUCCAAGGAGUGCUGCAGUGCAGAGAACAAACUGACAGCAGAGCAGUUGGCCGUGGCACUGAGUGACAACCUGAGAGACAGGAGCUUGCAACUGGCCUCAAAGCUAAAGAACCCCUCAAGUUCUUGUGCUGUGGACGUGAGCACUGUCUGGUGGGAAUCAGCUGGCUGCACAGAGCUGUGUAUCGUAACUGCUUGUGAGACUUCCAUUUCCCUGUGGAAACCUCUGGCUUCCAACCAGUGGAGCAAGGUGUACACCUGGCACCUUACAGAGAUUCCAGUAAUACAAAUUGUUCCCUUGCCAGAUGUCUGUAAUCUUGUGUGUGUUGCCUUGGGAGAUCUGGAGAUUGGAGAAAUAAGGCUCUUGCUUUGGUCUUCUGAAGACGGCUCCUUAAAGCAGUCCCUAGUGAAAACCGGGAACAUAAAAGCUGUUCUUGGUCUGACAAACAGGAGGCUGGUCAGUAGUAGUGGGACACUUCAAGACCAGCAAAUCGAGAUAAUCUCAGUUUCGGAGGCAGGAAGAAGCAAUGAGAGGCAGACUUUGAUGCCCCCAGAAGAAACCAUUCUGGCUUUUGCUGAGGUAGAAGGGAUUAGAGACGCUUUGGUUGGCACAACUGGAGUGAACAGCCUUGUUGUUUGGAACUUGAAAACUGGCCAGAUUCUGAAAAAGAUGCACGUUGGUUAUUCCUAUCCUGCUUCAAUCUGCCAUCGCGUCUAUUCUGACUCUGGCCUCCUGUUUGUUGUUUUAAGUCACCCACAUGCCAAAGAGAAUGAGUCCUGUGGAAACCCUGCAUUCCGGAUGAGAGUGUUCAAUCCCAAAACAGCCAGAAGUACUGGGGUAAUGUUCUUCUCCCUCCCCCCUGGACACAGCGGAAGGUACCUGGAAGGCGAAGUGAAGGGUGUCUCUGCAGCAGCUGUGCUAACAUCUGGAGCAAUUGCAGUGUGGGACUUAUUUUCAGGCCAAUGUACUGCUCUACUUCCACCAAACAAGGAUGGGAAUUGGUCUUUGGUCAGGUGGUCAGUCACAGAUUCCUGUCUCCUGGCUGGACAGAAAGACGGAAGCGUGUAUGUGUACCAUUAUUCACAAGCCAAGGCAGUAGGGAAGUCAAUGGGUAAUACGAUGGAUUCUGAAACGAACAGGAGAAUUUGCACUGAUAAUCUAAAGUAAAUUGAGCUGGAUAGGAUCUUGUGUUGAAGAAAGAUUCCUCAGGUUCAUCUGUUCACUUUCCCACAAGUAAACUGUUUUUUUCCCACUUUAAGUCAGGUUCACAAGGUCUGUGAGAUGAUGCUGGUCAACCUGGCUGACUUUGAAUGUGUCUUGUCUUGCUCACUAGAUCUGUGAAGCCAAUGGCACUGUUUAACAGUGAUUAGCUAGAUCUACCCGUUUGCAUUCAGGGUUUGUAUAUUUCAUUGUGAAAAGCACUUUCAGUGGAUUAUCUAGAUGUAAGAUGCUAUUAAACUUUAUUUUUGUAAACUC